UAUGGCUAGAACACAAAUUAAAUGGAUAUUACUUGCGGAUCAGUGAGCAGUUUUGUUGACAAGUUCUGGGACCUAGUGCUGGACCCAACUUGCGAGCAGUUUCAUCAUCUGUUUCACUAUCACAAAAAUAUUAAGCAGCUCAAUGAACGACUUGUGGAACUCAUCGAUGAAAGAAGCUCCAUAAAACAUCAAAUAGAUGAGGCUACAAACAAUGCAGAACCAAUUGAAGACAAAGUUCUUCAUUGGUUGCGCAAAGUAGAUGAGAUUUCAGAACAAAUUCAAAAGUUUCAUGAAGAAGAGAGUCAAGCAAAAACAGAGUGUAGCGUAAUUUCAUGUCCCAACCCGUGGCUACGCUAUAAACUAAGCAAAAGAGCAAAGGCAAUGGCACAAGAAGUUGUUGAAAUUUGUGGAAAGGGAAACUUCAAUACAGUUUCAUAUCGCGUUCCUCCACCGUCCAUGCCGGAAUUAUUCAACAGAGAAAGCAAUGCAGGGAUUGGUUCAAGAGUGCACAUUGUGAAUCAAAUUAUAGAGGAAUUACGGAAUCCAAGUGUUAAUAUGAUUGGAUUGUGUGGGCUUGGUGGUGUUGGCAAGACCACUAUAGCUAAAGAGGUAGCAAAAAGUCAAAACAUGUUUGAAAAGGUGAUCUUGGCAAUUGUUUCUCAAGAACUGAAUGUUGAGAAGAUUCAAGGCCAGAUUGCUGUGAAAUUGGGUAUGCAACUCAAUGAAACAUUUGAAGAAGUAAGAGCUUGUCGUCUGUGUAAGAGGUUGAAGCAAGAGAAGAACAUGCUCCUAAUAUUGGAUGAUCUUUGGGAGGGACUUGAUUUGGGCAAAGUUGGAAUUCCCUUUUUUGAUGUUGAGAAUUAUAACAAAAAGAAUGAAGGCUGCAAAAUUUUACUAACUUCAAGGAACGAAACGCUGCUGUCAAACCGCAUGAAAUGUCAAAAAACUAUCAGAGUGGGUUUUUUGUCAGAGGAUGAAGCAUGGGAGUUGUUCAAGAGGAUUGCCGAACUGUCCGUUGACUCAAGUAGUCCUGACCUGAUAUCUAUAGCCAAUGCGAUUGUUCAAAAGUGUAAAGGCUUGCCACUAGCGAUUGCUACAGCUGCCAAAGAAUUGCUAGGAAAAAAUCUAGAUGACUGGAAAGAUUACCUUGCUCGAUUGAAUAAUCCUUUAAGGAGAAACAUCACAGGAAUUAGAGAGGUAGAUACCAUUUUGAUAUCGAGCUAUGAUCGUCUAAGCUCAUCAGAGAACAAGCAUAUUUUCUUGCUUGGUGCCAUGUUGUCCCAUGAUCCCUCAAUCGAAGUCCUUCUCAUGCACUCUAUGGGGUUAGAUUUUCUGAAACACGCAGAAAACAUGGAGGAAGCCCACAAUGGAAUCUCUGCUAUUGUAAGUAAGCUAAAAUCAUCAAACUUAUUUCUUGAUAGCUUUUCUAAUCAUCGUUUUACGAUACAUGACAUCUUUCGGGACAUUGCAUUAUCGAUUGCAUCUGAUGAAUUACAUGCAUUCAUUGUGAGGCAUAGAAAGUUGACAGAAUGGCCAGACAAAAAUAUGCAAGAAGGCUAUAAAGGAAUUUGCUUACGACGGAGUGAAAUCAGUGACCUUCCAGAAGAGUUGUACUGUCCAAAAUUAGAAUUCUUUCUACUCGAUAGCACAGAAAGGGAUUUGACCAUACCCAACAUGUUUUUCAAAUCUUCAAAGGAGCUGAAACUAUUGGCAUUUAGCAAUGUGCAUUUUUUGUCACUACCAUCACUUAGUUUUUUAAUAAAACUAAAAACGUUGUGUCUACACUCGUGUUUGUUAGAAGAUAUAAGUGAGGUUAGAAGCUUGAAGAAUUUAAAAGUCCUAAGUUUUGCUUACUCUGAAAUUGAAUUGCUACCAAUUCAAUUAGCAGAGUUGACUUCUUUGCAAAUGUUGAAUUUGGCCCAUUGCUCCAAGCUCAAAGUAAUUCCCCCGAAACUUCUAUCUAGCUUGAAAAAAUUGGAAGUGUUGCACAUGGGAAACAGCUUUAACCAAUGGAAAAUUGAAGGAUCUAGUGAAGCUAAUGAAAAUGCAAGUCUUGAUGAGUUAAAGGAUUUGCCCAUCUCUUCUCUCGAUAUUCAUAUUCCUAAUGUCUCUAUGUUGCCGGAGACUUUGUUCUUAGAUUUGAAUUUGAAGAGAUAUAGAAUAUUCAUUGGAGGGCUUUGGAAAUGGCAAGGCAAUCAUGAAACUUCAAAGAUGUUGAAACUUGAUCUAGAGGGUAGCAUCCAUUUGAAGCCUGGGGUACGAAAGUUGAUAACAGGAGCUGAAGAUUUGUAUUUAUAUGGAUCUAAUGGGCUUGAAAAUGUUCUUCACGGUCAUGGUGGAAGAGCAUUUCCACAUUUAAGGCAUCUUCAUAUUGAAAGUAAUGAUACUAUUAGAUACAUUGUUUUGAACUCAGCACAUCUUGAAGCUGCAACAAAUAACAUAUCCGGCAAAAUGUCUGAGUUACUUUUCAACAAUGUGUUACUUCCAAAAUUAGAGAGGUUGGAAUUGUCCAAUUCAAUCAAUUUGAUUCCAAUGAUACGGGACGGCCAACUUUCACACACCUCUUUUAGCAAUUUGAAAACAUUGAUUGUGAAAAACUGUGGCUUUGUGAAAUUAGUGCCCCUUUGUGUGCUAAAAUCUUUGUACAAUUUGGAAGAACUGGAAGUCAAGAAUUGUGACAUGUUGGAGAUGGUGCUUGAUUUUGAAGAUUUGAACGAAUAUAAAGAGACAGUGUCAUCAUCAAUCCAGGUUGUGUCAUUGAAGAAGUUAGAGCUAUAUGGGUUGCCAAAAUUGAAGAAUGUGUGGAGCAAUCACUACCAAGGAAAUGUCUCCUUCCCAAGUCUAAAGAGCAUACAUGUUUCCUCUUGUGAAAGUCUCACAAGUCUGUUUCCUCCAUCCAUAGCCAAAGGCAUGCUUCGUGAUCUUGAAGAGCUUCUAAUAUGUAAUUGUGGUAUAGAUGUAAUUGUUGCAAAAGACCAAGUUUCAAAAUCUGUUGCUUCUACUUUUGAGUUUCCUAGGCUGACUUCCCUUAAGCUUUCUUCGCUUCAAAAUUUGAAGAACUUCUAUCCGCGGAGACACACAUUAGAAUGGCCACAACUUCGACGAUUAUGUAUUACAUAUUGUGAUGAAUUAGAGAUAUUUGAAAAGGAAGUCUCAAGUUCACUAGAAAUACAUGAGGAGGAGAGCACAUUAGACUCAAAAUAUCCUCUACUAUCCCAUGACAAGGAUAUUCGUAAUUUGGAGGAGUUGAGAUUGAGGGGUAAAGGAGCUAAGAUGAUAGGGAGUGGCCACUUUCCAAUGAACUACCACUUCCCCAAAGUAAAACUGCUUCAUCUAUCUGUAGAGAAAGCCCCAACUAUAUCGUACAAAUCAUUGUUGAAGAGCUUUCCAAAAUUAGAGGAGUUAGAGUUGGGUGGUGACAUUAAGGAGGCUUUUGGAGGGGACGAAGUUCCCUUUCCAAUAAAAUUGACUCUUCAGAAUCUUUACGAGAUGAAAAGCGUGGCAUCAUCCUUAGUUUCUUUACCAAAUCUCACAUCUUACGGUGAGAUAUUCUUAUGGGUUGACCACUUUGAUGACGUCAUCAACUGCUCGAAUCUUGGUCCAUCUAACACAUCUCUCAAUUAG